UUUCAACGGAGGCGGGAUUUCCAGCUCCUCGUAAACCAACUGAGGCCUCUCCAUGCGGUGUUGAUCUGUUGGACUCGUAGCUAACACCGAAACGACAGACACAAUGGCAGAGAAUGAUGUUGACAACGAGCUGCUCGACUACGAGGAAGACGAGGAGCCUCAGGUAGCUCCUGAGAGCGCCGCCCCCGCCGGCAAGAAGGAGGUGAAGGGUUCCUACGUUUCCAUCCACAGCUCCGGCUUCAGAGACUUUCUGCUCAAACCAGAGCUGCUCCGUGCCAUCAUUGACUGUGGUUUUGAGCAUCCGUCUGAAGUCCAGCACGAGUGCAUCCCACAAGCUAUCCUGGGCAUGGACAUCCUUUGCCAAGCCAAGUCUGGUAUGGGCAAGACAGCUGUGUUUGUGCUGGCCACGCUGCAACAGAUUGAACCUGUUGAUGGACAGGUGUCUGUACUAGUCAUGUGCCACACGCGAGAGCUGGCCUUCCAGAUCAGCAAAGAGUACGAGCGUUUCUCCAAGUACAUGCCCACAGUAAAAGCGGCGGUGUUCUUCGGUGGCCUGGCCAUCAAGAAGGAUGAAGAGGUCCUGAAGAAGAACUGCCCUCACAUCGUCGUCGGGACGCCAGGCCGCAUCCUGGCCCUCAUCCGGAACAAGACCCUUACUCUGAAGAACGUCAAGCAUUUUGUCCUGGAUGAGUGUGACAAGAUGUUGGAGCAGUUAGACAUGAGACGUGACGUACAGGACAUCUUCAGGAUCACACCCCACGAGAAGCAGGUCAUGAUGUUCAGCGCAACGUUGAGUAAAGAGAUCCGACCAGUCUGCCGCAAAUUCAUGCAGGACCCCAUGGAAGUAUUUGUGGACGACGAGACCAAACUUACACUGCACGGCCUGCAACAGUACUACUGCAAGCUGAAGGACAGCGAGAAGAACCGCAAGCUGUUUGACCUGCUUGACGUGUUGGAGUUCAACCAGGUGGUGAUCUUUGUCAAGUCAGUCCAGCGCUGCAUCGCUCUGUCCCAGCUCCUGGUGGAACAAAAUUUCCCUGCCAUCGCCAUCCACAGGGGAAUGGCUCAGGAGGAGAGACUGUCUCGCUAUCAGCAAUUCAAGGACUUCCAAAGGCGGAUCUUGGUGGCAACCAACCUCUUUGGCCGAGGGAUGGACAUCGAGCGAGUCAACAUCGUCUUCAACUACGACAUGCCAGAAGAUUCUGACACCUAUUUGCACAGGGUUGCCCGUGCUGGUAGGUUUGGGACCAAAGGCCUGGCUAUAACCUUUGUGUCUGACGAGACCGACGCCAAGAUUCUGAACGACGUGCAGGACCGCUUUGAGGUCAACGUGGCCGAGCUGCCAGAUGAGAUUGACAUCUCCUCUUACAUCGAGCAGUCCAGAUGAGUCCUCCAGCCAAGCAGAAGUCUCCUUUCCAUGGAUCUUGUGUCUUGUAGUUGGAAAUAGACGUACUUCACUGUUAAUUUGAAAGCUCUGCUCGUUCCC